CAAAGUGCGCUUUGCACAGAUUUGUUCAAAGAGUUUGUCUCUGAAUUGAUCGUGGUUAGAGUUAAUGAGUAAAAUGGGCUGUGAACGGCUCUAUUCAUUAUGUUUCCUGUUCAGCUUUGCUUUUGUUGUCAGCUGUGUUCCAGCCACUCGUGAUCGUAGCCGUCGUGCGGCUGUGGAUUACCUUGCUACGGCCAAUAAGAUCCUUGAUGAAACACCUUUAGUGGAUGGACACAAUGAUAUUCCUUAUCAGAUCCGUAUGAAGUACAAGAACAGGUUUGAAAAUCUGACUUUUGACACGGAUGAGUCAGGAUGGCAUACAGAUAUACCCCGACUAAGAAAAGGAAAAGUUGGCAGUCAGUUUUGGGCAGCCUGGUCAUCAUGUGAUGUACGACUGAAAGAUGCCGUGAGAAUUGGCCUGGAACAAGUGUCUGUCAUUCAUCGACUAAUUAACAAGUAUUCAAAUGACCUGGUAUUUGUGAAGACAGCGCAAGGUAUUAGAGAUGCAAAGAAGAAUAACAAGAUUGGAUCUCUGAUUGGCCUAGAGGGUGGUCACAUGAUUGACUCGAGCCUAGCCACUUUACGAAUGUUUUAUAAUCUUGGAGUUAGAUAUAUGACGCUGACUCAUUCCUGCAACACUGCAUGGGCUGAUGGGUGGACAGACAAACUUUCAGGAGAGAUCCAUAAUGGUCUUACAGACUUUGGAAAGCUUGUUGUACUUGAGAUGAACCGACUGGGAAUGCUUGUUGAUCUGUCACACGUUUCCUUUGAGACAAUGACUGACACUCUUGAUGCUGUCAAAGCCCCUGUGAUAUUUAGCCAUUCCUCUGCGUAUGACAUUCACUGUCAGCAUGGCCGCAACGUUCCAGAUUACGUCCUUCAGAGAAUGCCUGAUAAUGGAGGGGUGGUUAUGGUGAACUUUUACAGUGACUACAUACAUUGCAACAAGAGCGAUUCAUCGAAAAAAGACACUAUUGCAUUGAAUGCGACCUUAGAACAAGUGGCAGAUCACAUUGAUCAUAUUAAGAAGGUCGCAGGAAUUGAUCACGUGGGCCUUGGAAGUGAUUAUGAUGGUGUAACUCGCUUACCAAAAGGGCUGGGGGAUGUAUCAAAGUUUCCUGAUCUUAUUGCUGAACUCUUGAAACGAAAUUAUACUGAAGAAGAGGUGAAAAAGGUGGUUGGUGAAAAUCUCAUCAGGGCUUUUGAAAAAGCUGAAGAGGUUGCCAAAAAACUACAGAAGGAACGACCUCCAUACGACGAGUAUCGAUUCUUCACCAAUGUAACUUGCAGACCGAAUUACGGAGGCGGUUUGACAGGUUGGGUUCCAAAAUACAACAGAACAAUCACAGCAGUACCUUUGGUAAUCUGAUGGUCUUCCUGGCAAAGUUAAGAUCUGACUGGAUUUGCAGUUUAGUGAAAGAAGCUUGUUUGGUUGUAUGACACAAAACCUAACGAAGGACUCGAUACAUUUUUAUAACGUAACUAUAGAAUCGACAAAUCAAACGCAACUAUAGUGGAGGUUUCUGUAAUGAUGACAAAUCAAACGUAAUUAUGGUGAGGGUUUCUCCAAUGAUGAAUUGGUUCCUUCAUCAGCCUUAAGUGAUCUUGUCCUUUGUUAGUUUUACUGUGAUAAAUAAAGAAAAAAUGAGGCCGUUUUUCUUCCAAGCUA